AUUGUGAAUAAGGAUAGGGAUUGUGCCAAAUAAUUUCUCCAAAAAUCUAACCAGAAACACCCGUUUCUUCUCUGUUUAAACGGAUCCGUUACAAACCCGUGUCUAGGUUUCUGCCUAACAACUUCAACCUGGCUCACUCCGUCACCGGUUCUCUCACCCAUCUCUUCACUGGCCGUCACUUUAACCGUAACGUCGUCUUUCUCUCUCACUCUAAUUCCAAUCCCUAAACCUCACCUAAUCUUCCUUUCCCUCUCUCGCAUGGCCACCGACGACUUCCCUCUCAUCAACGACUCCCACGCGCCUCCUCCUCACGCGCCAACGCGCCACCCUGAUGCUGAAUCCGUCAACGGCGGAGACUACUUCUCUUCCUACGCAGACUCCGAACCGGAUAAAUCCGGACCCGGAGCCCCAGCGACACCAUCCUCGAAUCGAAACCACCAGAAUCAGAACCAGCACCACCCCUACUAUUACAACAACAGCAGCAGCAAAAGGCAUAAACCAAACGGCAUUAACGUAGAAUCGGAAUCAAACAUCAAUGCUAACUCUGGCGAGUGCCGCUCUGAUUAUCGGAAGGACCGUGAAGAAUGGAGCGACACAGCAAUAUCUUGCUUGCUGGAGUCGUACACGGAGAAGUACAACCAGCUGAACAGGGGGAAUUUGAGGGGGAGAGACUGGGAGGAAGUGGCGGAGGCGGUGAGCGAUAGAGGAGGGAGCAAUAACAAGAAGAGCGUAGAGCAGUGUAAGAACAAGAUUGAUAAUUUAAAGAAAAGAUAUAAAGUGGAGUUACAAAGGAUCAAUAAUAGUAGUGGAGGAUUUGGAAGUAGUGGUACUAGUAGUUGGCAUUGGUUCAAGCAGAUUGAGGCAAUUAUGGGCAAUUCUACAAAUGCUAAGGCUGGUGCGAGUGUAGAUAGUGAAUGUGAUGCAGGAAGUGGUGGAAAUGGUAACUUGAUGGCUAGAGCAGUGAAGAGAUUUACGCCAACCAAUGCUGCCUUUGCAAACAACAUGAAAGCUAAGUCAGUGCCUAAUUUAAAAUGGCAAAGAGUAGUGUUUAAAAUUAGUGGUUCUGCAUUGGCUGGAAACUGCCAGAACAUUGAUCCCAAGGUGGCAAUGCAGAUUGCGAGGGAAGUAGCAGCAGCUUGUCGUGUUGGGCUGGAGGUAGCAAUUGUUGUUGGGGGUUGUAACUUCUUUUGUGGAGACUCAUGGAUAUCUGCUACUGGAUUGGAGAGACCUACAGCAUAUCAGAUUGGUAUGAUGGCAACAGUGAUGAAUUCUAUAUUGCUUCAGUCAGCUUUAGAGAAGCUGGGUAUUCAGUCCCGUGUGCAAAGUGCAUUCACAUUGCCAGAGUUAGUUGAACCUUACAAUAGGCAGCGAGCUAUACGACAUCUUGAGAAAGGAAGAGUUGUCAUAUUUGGUGGCGUGGGUGCUGGUGCUGGAAAUCCACUAUUUACUACUGAUACAGCAGCAGCUUUGAGGGCUUCUGAGAUUAAUGCAGAUGCACUCCUUAAAGGUACAAACGUUGCCGGCAUCUAUGAUUGUCACUCUGCUAAUACGAGCAUAAUACUGGAUCACAUGUCUUUCAGGGAAGUGGUUUCUAGGGGUGUUACCUUCAUGGACAUGAUGGCAAUUACAUACUGUGAAGAAAAUGGAAUUCCUGUUGUAGUCUUUAAUUUGCUCGAGCCUGGGAAUAUUUCAAGAGCAUUAUGUGGAAAUCAAGUUGGCACCUUGAUCGAUCAAGCAGGAAGGAAUAGUUAAUUCAUGAGAAGCUAAUGCUUUAAAGGCUAGUGGUGAUGAAGCACCAAGAUUUCUGAUGCACUGAGAGAAAUAUUCGACUGUCAUGAAAUUAUGGGUGCUAGCUGAUGUGUUAAAGAAGAUGUAUGAUAUUGGCAUUUCCAUUGAUUUAAUAUUGAGCUGCCAUGUUUAAUAGGAGGAGAAUGUUUGUACUUCAGCUAUGCUCGAUGGUUGAAAUGGUGAAUAAAUGCUUAGAAUGCACGAACGCUUCAUUGGGGUGAUUGUAAAGAUUUAUCGUGCUUGUGUUUCCCCUCAAUUCUGUUUGCAGCUUGUGUUGUUUGUAAAUCGGUGUUCAUAUUUAAAAUGUUACUGAUGACAUUGAUGUACUUGUAACGUAGAUAAGAUACAACCUUUUUUUUUAAUUAUUUUUAUAUUAAAGGGAAGAGAUGUUCUGGUAAA